GAGAUUGGUUCGCCGUCGGUUUCCUGCUGCAGUAAGAAGAGCGGCGUCGAGACAACCUGGGAAGACUCAACACCACCACCUCCAAUAAUUAUACUGUACAAUGAAACUGUUAGCAAUAUCUCCCUCUCUCGAUACCCGCUUCGUCACGGUUCUACUGCUGGUGAUGGGCCUCUCUACACCCGGACAAGCAGAAAUCACCAGUCUGGAUUCAGCCAACAUAGAUGACGUCCUAAAUAAUGCUGGGGUGGCAUUAGUCAAUUUUUAUGCAGACUGGUGCAGAUUCAGUCAGAUGCUCCAUCCAAUUUUUGAGGAGGCAUCUAACAUAGUGAGGGAGGAGUUCCCUGAAACCAAGCAGGUGGUGUUUGCCCGUGUCGACUGUGACCAACACUCGGACAUAGCCCAGCGGUAUCGCAUCACCAAGUAUCCGACAUUGAAGUUGUUCCGCAAUGGGAUGAUGAUGAAGAGGGAGUACAGGGGUCAGAGGUCGGUGGCGGCCAUCGCUGACUUUAUCCGCCAGCAGCAGGUCGACCCUGUGAAAGAGAUACAGUCAAUGGAGGAGAUUAACACUCUGGAUAGGAGCAAGAGACACAUCAUAGGCUAUUUUGAAAGCAGGGACACAGACAGCUACCACACAUAUGAAAAAGUUUCCAACAUCCUUCGAGAUGACUGCACAUUCUUGGCUGCUUUUGGCUCCGUAUCUGAGGCCGAGCGCUUCAGUGGAGACAAUAUAAUCUACAAGCCUGUCGGGGAGGGCGUACCUGACAUGAUCUACCUCGGCUCACUCACCAACUUCGACCUGACCUAUGCUUGGGCCCAGGACAAGUGUGUGCCUCUGGUCAGGGAGAUCACCUUUGAAAAUGGAGAGGAGCUGACUGAAGAAGGAAUUCCUUUUCUCAUCUUGUUCCACGUUAAAGAAGACGGAGAGAGCUUAGAGAAGUUUCAACAUGAAGUGGCUCGCCAGCUCAUCAGUGAGAAAGGGUCUAUAAACUUCCUGCACGCGGACUGCGAGAAGUUCCGCCAUCCUUUGCUCCAUAUCCAGAAAACUCCUGCUGAUUGCCCCGUCAUUGCUAUAGACUCAUUCAGACACAUGUAUGUCUUUCCUGACUUUAAAGACCUCAGCGUCCCUGGCAAGCUGAGACAGUUCGUGUUGGACCUUCACUCUGGAAAGCUACACCGAGAGUUCCACCACGGUCCCGACCCCACAGACAGCACGCCCGGACAGGAGGAGACGGGAGGAGAAGUGGCCAGCAGCCCUCCAGAGAGCUCGUUCAUGAAGCUGGCGCCCAGCGAGACUCGCUACACCAUCCUCAGACGGGACCGCGACGAGCUGUGACCUCACCGGCCUUCCAGUGAUCCUGUGACUCAAUGCCACGCCCCAGGGUCAGGGAGGGGGUUAGGGUUGGGACAGGCCAGCGGGACAGAACAGCAACACCCAACACCCUUACUGAAGAGAGAGAGAUGGAGAGGAGGAGGAGAAUGAAGAGGAAGAAGGAGAAAAAGAAGAACAGGAGGAAAAGAGAGUUCAGUCCACGACACAACCAUGUUGGAAUAACCUAUAUUUUCAUAACUCUUUCACGUACAGUUUUUAUUUUGGAUCAAAAAGAAGGGGGGUAAAGAAGAAAUCGUGUGUGGGCAGGGGUUAGGGGCAUCAAGAGAAGUGUUUUUACUUUUAUUUUUUGGAGCUUGUAAAUACGUUUGUGCUACAUGGGAGUCUCAUUGUUGGUCUAAAUUAAAUGCAGAUUUUUCUUUAUUUUAUUCCUUUCUUUUACAUCACCCGGCUUUUUGUAGAAAAAAAAAACAAAAAACAGAACAGUUCCCUCACUCCAGUUGUACGGUUCUUAUCUGUGGGUAGUCCAGUUCAGCCUGAUAGGAGACGCUUGUUUAGUCUCACUGACCUCAUGGCUGCAUCUCAGUAUGACCAACUCUAGUCUAAUUCAUUUGUAUAGCACAACUUAUAACAAUAUGCCUGCUUGAAGUAGCUUUAUCUCCAUAUCUUCUCCACACACACUGAAGGAAUAGAAAAGUAUUUUGGAAAUGCUUUGUAGGGUUAACAUACUUUAAACCAUGACAGAAGAUAAAGAGACGGAGCUACUCCAGCCUGUUGAGAUGCACCCCUUCUCUCCCUGGUACUAAAUGGUUAUAGAUUAUGAUGUCUCUUACAGUGCUUAUAAAAAGUAUUGCCUCCUCGAA